UCAGGAAACUUUCAUUUUCCAAGGAUAUACGUCAUUGCUGGUGAUACUACAGCCAAUAAUUGUUGUGUUAUCCGUCGUCAGGUAACGCCAUCGAUUUUAUUACACGUUGGCUGAACACAAGCGCAUCCACAGCUUGGGAAAAUAAAAGCUUUAUAAAAAAUAUAUAUUAAACACUUUUUAGACAAAGUUAUGGUUUUCAAAAGUUGAUAGUGAUUGGGAAAUAAUAUUUGAAACCAUGGCUGCGAUACUACCGACUGGAUUGAGAAAUGGGAUCAAAGGGUUGGACGCCAACCGCUAUGCGACGAAGAAGACGGUGGCGCAGGGCAUGCUAGACAUAGCAUUGCUGACUUCGAACGCGUCUCAGCUGAAGUAUGUCCUGCAAGUGGGGCCCAAGCAUGAGUUCUACACGCUGCUAGUGGUCCUCAUCUCGAUAUCUAUCGUUCUACAGGCAAGCGCGGGAGUCCUGGCUCUUAUAAUAUCCUCUUUGGACGGCGAUUCGAACCACAGACACAAGAAGCUGGCAGACUGGCUGUACCACACUUCCGUCGGUAUGAUGACUGGAGUAGUGUUUUGUGACGUCAUUAAAAUGACCUUUGGCCUUGACCCCGCGCUUUCCCUGCAAGACUAUCUCGGGAACAAGACUUCAAGCUUGUAUGAUACGUUCUUUAAAAUCCAUAAUAGUACAGGAACCUAAAAAGUU